GGGCCAACAAACAAACGCGAGACAAAACGACACAGCUUCCCUUUCGCUCCUUUCUGUUUGCGAUGGUGCGCGGUUUCUGGGGUGAUCCACGAUCUCAUCCCACCUUUUCCCCCUUUCACUUCCCCUUUUACCAUCAACUUCAACGAGGGGAGAUGCAAUCCUUUCAUUCGCUUCGCAAAGAUGCACUUCCAGCGCUAUUACGUUAUUCAAUCGCACCCGCUUACUUGAUGGAAGAGCGCGAUGGUGGAUUGGGAAAGAAGAGGGAGGACUGAGGGAAGGGAAAGAGAGUUUCGUCUUCGUGUUGAGAUUUUGAGACUUUUAAUUUCCCUUCGCAGCCGGGUGAAGUGAAGGGUGGACCGGGCAAGCAAAACGUACAAUGUCUCCCCCACUACAAAACCGGCGUGGCGCUCCGGCUGGCCUUAGGUUGGGUUCGGUUGGCACCGGGAUCCACUACGAAUCAGUAUCAAUCUGAGCGCUCGAUGCGACGCACGACGAACCCCCACAGCUAGACCACGCUGAAAAACAAACAGGAAACUACUAUUCCUGCGUUUCUUCACAAACGGAAUUCCGGUCCGAAUUCGAUCCAUCCUUUCGAACGGAUACCUGACUCCCGCAGCAGCAAACACGUAUUAUAUUCAGUUUCUGCAAAGAAAACAAAAACAAAUUUGACCACCAAACCGCAUUAAACAUCGAGCAGUGUUACCCGAAACAAAAUAGUGUUAUUUUUGUACCAGUGAAAAAUACUCUACAUCUAUAUUGCGCGGAAAACAGUAUUAAGUACAUUCCAACAGAGAAAAAACCGAGGCUGACUAGUAGUGUGUGUGUGCGGUGUGCGUGAAUUUUGGUGGCCGCUAUAAAGAGGAAAAAAGGAGCCGAACCGAGGAAACAACAUGCUGUUGGUUUUCCAACUCCUGCAAAGAUGACCGUUUCGCCGGUGCUGGAGAGAUCCGAUUUCCUGCACAUUGUAACCUGCCCACACCAGCCCGUAUCGUCGUAAUUGGUGCAUCUGUGUAGAUGCAUAUAUGUGAGUGCGUGUGUGAGUGCGUGCGUGUACAAGUGUAGAGAGAGACAGAGGGAGAGAGAGUGAGAGAUAGUUAGUGCGUGAGGUACAUGUGCAUAGUUUGGAGAGGAAUUAGAAAUCGAACUAGCGCUGUGUUGUGUGCCCGUGAAAAACGUUGCCACCUGAAAAACGGUGUGCCAUCGAAGAGGAAAAGCCGAAAAAUCACACACAAGCAAGGUGCACCAGUUGGGUUGGGUGGAAAACGCGUGACGAGAAAAACGGCUGCUGUACACAUACGCCAAAAAAACCAACCAACAACGUACCACACAAUAAUUAACUGAACAGGGUGGAACUGGAGCUGAAGCGACGAAGCGAAACCGGUGACAAGCGAGGAAACAAUCAAUCUCAGCAGUGGCUUUUAUCGAACAAUCAGAGCACGACGUUUUAUCGGAUCCCUUUUGGGUAGUUGGCCAGGUGACUUUUAGCUGCCGGGUUCCUUUUGUUUUUUGCGCUACACUUGUUUGAUUUCUAAAACGAUCGAGCGGAAAAACCCCAGCGACACCAGUGGAAAAUUUCACCAGCUACCAGGCGCUUAGAAGACGCUCUCGAUUUCGGCUGCUGGCAUAGUCUGGAUUUCGCCCGUACAGUUAACACGCUGCGCAAGAAAUGACGUCAUACAUCCUAACCCUCGCCACCGUUGGCUUACUGUUUGUCGCCGCAUUGGCAAACAGUGAAACCCAACCCAACGGACAGGGAUCGGUAGUCUUUACCAAGCUCGACGCACUGUCCGCAACCCGGAACACAUCCGCUCCGGUGGAGCGAACGAAUCGCACCACCUCGGAGGAAGUGGCGAAAGUACGGCCGGCUUACACACGAACCGAGCUGAAGGUCUCACGAAGUCUUAACCCGGACAACGUGCAGAAGCUGAACGUACGCUCCAACAAUGGACGCAUGGUACAGAUCAUCGUAAAGAAGCGCAACGGAAUGGAACUACCGCUCGGAAGUGUCUCAGUAACUCCCAGCUCUACCACCGGCAGUACCAGCCAGGGCGUUUCCCAUUCCUUCUCACCGCCUCCUGCCCAAAGCCACGUGACACCUUCGCGAAUUGCCGGCAACUACCGUUUGUCGGCCGAUUCGGCACCGGAAUCGGUGGACAUUAUCAACGCUUUCCUGGAGCACGUUAAUCGUAUCGAGCGACCGCCCCGAUCGUUCUACGACGACGAUCAUGGUGCGAUGAAGAACGAUCGCCGUCCGGUGCGCAUAAAGGUGAGUGACGAGGCGGUACAGGAGAGUCGUGUACCGCCGCCCGUAGUUAUCAGCUCGGACACGGUGUACAUGAAGGACAAUGGAGCAGUGAAGACGCACAAACGGGGCCGUUCGAUGCAGGAGAUUGGUGCUGACGGUAUACCAGUAGUACAUGGCAUUCGUGUUCCGGAUGAUGAGUCCGAUAAGCGUCAGGUGUGGCGAAAUGCUCGCGUUAUCAAUGGUGAACUGGUACCGUACGAGAAGGGACAUGUGCCGACGAAGUUGGAAAACAGUGGCGACAUCUAUGGACAGCUGAUCUUUGCCAAACCGUCCGGAAAUGGUGGUGGACGCUCCAGCAUUGGUUCACGGCAACGCAGUAUCGGACCAUUUACGACGGCCGACAACUUCCAACCGAACGAUGGAUUGGCCAAGAGUUUUGGACCGUUCAGCGUUGAGGAUAACUUACAUUCGGGUUCUAUCGCAAUAAACUCCAAUCCACCGAAGGUGACGGGGAAUAUUGGGCCGUUCUCGAGAGCGGAUAAUUCGCGCCCAGUACCGAACGGACGCUUGGUGGAGUAUCUGCGCAAAAUUAACGAGGAAGAAAGUCGUAAGCACUACCCACAAAUUUUAAGCCGCGCCAACUUCAAGGAGGAUGCGCUAGCCGAACAGCCCAAGAUACAGCGCCGUAUGUUACAGAACCCGGGCAAUCCCAACUAUCCCGUAUCGCAGCUGUACUCCAUCAAUGGUCCGGGAGCACAGAACCAGGAGAAGGAGUUGGAAGACACCCGUAAGCCCGUACUCCAAUACGCACAUCCGGAACUCGGUGUUCAGCCAGCCAAAUCUGUUCCGCCGGAGCGUAAGCCAACGAAAGCGAUGAAGAAAAUCAUGAACGUGCAAGAUUACUACAGCAAGGCGGCACACAACGAUCAUUCGCCAUACGCGAUCGAGCCGGCCAUGAGCAGCAAGGAUUACUACGAUCCACCGCAACCGGUCAAGAUGCCGCGACCGCCCCAGUACGAGAACUUUAAAGGUCCCUCCACGUACCCGUACAACUACGGCUACAUUCGGCGCGUUAAGCACGAGCGGCCAUUUUGGGUCAAAAUUACCGAUCAGAUGCGCGAAGGACUCCAGAGUGGGAUUUCUACCGUGCAGGAGUUCACCAAACCCGUCCUGGAGCCCAUCGUCGAGGCCGGACAGAAAAUCUCCAAAAAUCUCGGACUGGUACGAAAGGCUGACGAGGCUCAGGACAAGGUUGGCGUGGUGGUGGCACCAGCUACAAAUUCAAUUAUACUCCCGGCUCUAGGGCUGAUGGCGGGUGGAGCGGCCCUCGGUCUCGGUGCGGUCGCUGUGGGCCGUUUUUUCGACAUGGGUCUGCUGCGUCGAUCGGGCAGUGAGUUGCUACCCUUCGACCUGGACGAUCUGGAGCACAAGCGGGCGCUGGAAGCUAUCCAACAGCAGCAGCGAUAUCAGGACCAGUACGACGUGAUGAUCAUGAACUCACCGGACGAGCGGGAGUUUGCAAGACGCUCCAAACGUUCGAUCGCUCGGAAUCCCUUCGAAGAGCAGGGCCUGCAGGAUGUGGGACACGAGUCUGCCAGCUCGUCUCGGGCCCGUUUCGAGCAGCAGCUGCGCGAAACCGACUGGAAGAAUCCUUCCUGUGCCAAGCUCACCUUCUGCCGUGUGAUGAUCCAACAGGGCGCCGACGAUAUCGUGCUGAUGGAGAAGAAGAUGUACACUAUGCUAGAUAUGAUGCACCCGGCGCUGGCCGCUAGUCUCACCGAUCACCUGUCGGAAGUCACUGACGCCAUCCGGCAGAACGAUUGCACACGAUUCGUUUGCCAGCAGCAAACACGAUCUUGAACACCCUUCAGCACAUCUGCGGACCAACACUGGCACAGGCAUGCGGCACGGUUCUUGCAUUUCGACACUAGUUGAUGUUUAAUAAAACUUUCGGAAUGAGUGUAUGUGAGUGAAACGGGAAGAAUGCGAGUGGGAAGAACAUGGACACUCCAUCCAUUGCAAAAUCCUAUUAGUUAUAGCGAAGAACUGAGAACAGGGUGAGCUUGUGGACAUAAACACCCGAGCGAUCCGAGAUUGUUUCAUGCUCUCGGGACGGAAUGAUUGUGUGUGUUUUAGACCAUGUCUGUAUUUUAUAUUAAAAUAGUAAGCAACGAUAACAGCGAUACGGCAUAGUUAGGUGGUGACCCUUUUCGAGGGCUGCACGUAGAGCGUAAGGAACUUUAGCGCAAGUGAAAAUCAUGUUACCUUUAUCUGUCUGUUAAAAACUGAGCGACUGAGUGCCCAGUGAAGUGAGGAAGUAGUAAUUCUAAACACUAAUUACCCAGUCUAGCCAACUAAUCACACAAUCGUAAACAAAUCCCGUUUUAUGAAUAUUUGUUAUUAACUUUACACAUUUACCUAUACGCUAAAAACACACCACACCAAUCCCUUAUGUAAGACUACGAGAAGAGAUUUGAUUUCGUGUUAUGUAUCCGUACUUGUACAUACACCAGAGCAUCAUAUGCCAAAGGAAAGGGAUAUAGCUAGGGACUAGCGGGCAAUCGAUGAACGAUGCCCAAAA